AGGCGCGGCAGGCACGGCGAGUCAGGGGCGCCAGGCCGAGCCCCCAGCUGCGGAGGCGCUUCCGGGCACCGCCGCGCGCCCUGCGGGGAGAUGGGCCGCUACUCGGGCAGGACGUGCCGACUGCUCUUCGUACUCGUGCUCACCGCCGUCUUCUUCGUGGCCGAGCUGGUCUCGGGCCACCUGGGCAACUCCAUCGCGCUGCUCUCCGACUCCUUCAACAUGCUGUCCGACCUGAUCUCGUUGUGCGUGGGGCUGGGCUCCGGCUACAUCGCGCGCCGCCCCGCGCGGGGCUCCCGGGCCACGUACGGCUACGGCCGCGCCGAGGUGGUGGGCGCGCUGAGCAACGCCGUCUUCCGCACCGCGCUGUGCUUCACCAUCGCCGUGGACGCCGUGCUGCGCCUGGCCCGGCCCGAGCGCAUGGACGACCCCCAGCUGGUGCUCAUCGUCGGCGCCCUGGGGCUGGCCGUCAACGUGGUGGGGCUGCUCGUCUUCCAGGAUUGCGCCGCCUGCCUCGCAGGCUGCGGGGGCCGCCGGCCGCAGCAGCCGCCAGCAGAGCGCUGGACCCGUGCCGCCUCCGCGACGGCCCCCGGGGCCUCGGCUUCCGCGGCGGAAGAGCCGGCGACCAUGUCCUCAAACGCAGCAGGUGAUUCCCUGAACACCCAGAAUGAGCCAGAGGAGACUGUGAAAAAGGAGAAGAAGUCCGAAGCCCUGAAUAUCAGAGGUGUACUUCUGAAUGUGAUGGGAGAUGCCCUGGGGUCGGUAGUUGUGCUGAUAGCAGCCACCAUGUUCUGUGUGCUUCCUCUGAAGCCCGAGGAUGCAUGUAACUGGCAGUGCUACAUCGACCCCAGCCUGACUGUCGCCAUGGUCAUCAUCAUUUUGUCAUCGGCCUUCCCACUCAUCAAGGAGACCACUGCCAUUCUGCUGCAGAUGGUCCCCAAAGGAGUCAACGUGGAAGAGCUGAUGAGUAAACUCUCUGCCGUGCCUGGAAUUAGCAGUGUACAUGAGGUGCACAUCUGGGAGCUUAUAAAUGGGAAGAUCAUUGCCACCCUGCAUAUCAAGUAUCAGAAGGACAGAGACUAUCAGGAUGCCAGUGUAAAAAUUCGAGAAAUCUUCCACCAGGCGGGAAUCCACAAUGUGACCAUCCAGUUUGAGCAUGUGGACUUGAAGGAGCCCCUGGAAGAGAAGGACCUGCUGCUGCUCUGCAGCGCACCCUGCAUCUCCAGAGCCUGCGAGAAGCAGCUGUGCUGUCCCCCCAGGGCGCUGCCUCUGGCCCACGUCAAUGGCUGUGCUGAGCACAAUGGCUGCCCCCCUCUGGACCCAUACCAGAGAGAAAGCACAGACGUGGCUAUCGAAGUAUCUCUGGAAGGCUGUCUGAGUGACCACGGACAAGCUGUCAGCAAAACUCAGGAGGACCAAGGUCUUGCCAGCAGUACACAUUUUUAACCUGGCGCCCCCUUAAACAGACUGCAUCGAUGAGGCCCGCUGGAAGCGCCAGCCUGGCUUGUGGAGGGAGCCGUGUGGGCGGUAGGCCCUGCCCAAGCCUGCCGUGCGCGCUGUCCGCGUUCAGCGCGGGUGGGUUGGCUGGGAUG